UUGUUAAAUGAACGCUCUUAUCGCCAUUUUCUCAGAUCCCAAUCAAGUUUCUCUCAACUGACAAACAAAAAAAACAGAAAGCUAUCAGAAAAAAAAAAAAAAAUGGACGCAAUCGAUACUGUGUUCGAUCCUCUUAGAGAAUUCGCUAAGGACAGCGUCCGACUCGUUAAGCGAUGCCACAAGCCUGAUCGCAAAGAAUUUACUAAGGUGGCAUUUCGUACGGCGAUCGGAUUCGUUGUGAUGGGAUUUGUUGGUUUCUUCGUGAAAUUGAUCUUCAUUCCUAUCAACAAUAUCAUUGUUGGAUCUAGUUAGUAAGGUCAUAUUGGAUAACGAGCACAGAAAACGGCGGUUUAGUAUCUCCAUUAUAAAUGUCCAGGGAAAAAUUACAAUGUAGUGGAAGUGCUACUGUUAGUGUCAGAAGUUGCAUUUUUAUUUGUUUGUAUGAGACUGUUAGAUCAAGGAUAUGAUAUGAAAUUUCUGGUUACUUUUAUCUGGUUAUCUGACUGGAUCGAUUUACCCCA